AUGGCCACGGGUGCUGACCCCCAUCUGCAUUACUCCAGAGAUGACCUCUCAGAACAAGAGAAAGAUGAAUUAUUUCAUGAAGUUGUGUGCUAUGAUAUUGAUGAAUCAAAAGAUCUAGGCAAAGAUAGCCUGAAGACAUUUUUUAAACUAGCUCAAGAAAUUUUGAAGUUUAAAGGAGAACAGGUCGAAUCCUUGAUCAGUGAAAUAGACAAGUUAGCAGCUCGCCAAGGAGAAGAUGAGGUCCGUCAUCAAUCUUUGCUCAGUGAAAUCGAGACGCUCCAAAUUCGACUCUUGGCGACUCAGAAAUAUGACUCGCUGUCUGGUGGAAGUGUAGAUGAGUUAAAACAGGAACUGUUGAAAGCUGAACUGAAAAAUGAACAGUUAAUAUCUGAACUCCAAACACGAGAAAGGGAUUUAUUACAUGAAAAGCAAGAGGUUGAAAAGUUUGCUAACCAAGUGAUGGUGCUGGAGAAGGAGAGAGGAGAACUCCGUAGUGAGCUUGCGGCUCUACAGAGAGAAACUAUUGAGCUUCAGGAGGCUCGGCUACAAACUGACAGUCCGAAAAUGUCUUCUGGCAAAUAUCAGAAUCUCGUGGAGACCAUCCGACAUAAGAACAAACACAUUACUCAGCUGCUGAGCGACAUUGAAACAUUGGAGAAAGAAAAUAACCUACUCAAACUGAAGCUUGCUGGUUUACAAAGAGAAGUCGCAGAAAACAGUGAACAGACAACCCUGCUGUCAGAAGGAAACACAAAUUUAAAACUAGUGUUGAAAGAAUUGCAAGAACGAUGUGUUACGUUGGAAGAUCAGAAUGAAGCUCUGAAGACACAGCUGAUGGAGAUGGCAGAUGACAAGCAGAAGAGAGAUGAUCAGCUGGACCAGCUCGGGAUCGCUUUGGAUACACGCCUCACUCAGUGGCAGGAACUUCUUGUGCAAAAAGAUACAGAACUGAUUGAAUUAAGACAAAAAUUAGCGCAGAUCACUGCACAAUUUCCUAAUUCGUACAUGGAAACCACAAGAAACCAACUAGCUAAUGUUACUGAGAGUUUGGAAAAUAGAGAAGAACAAAUUGAAGAGUUGCGGCAACAAAUUUCUAUAGCAAAUGGAAAAAUCUCUGAGAGUCAAGAGGUCAUACGAGUGUUAAAAGCUCAACUCAAAGAAAGGACGGACAAACAGGACGAGUCUCCACGCAGAAAGAAGCUCAAGAGUGACCUGGAGGAGGCUAGAGCCAGACUGGAGCUGUUGGAGGCUAGAGUGAAGGAUGCUGAGACUGACGCUGAUGCUAAGGCAGAGGAGAUGACAGAAAUGGUGAUACAGCUGAGAGAAUACGAAACAGGAGUGUUUGGUUUACCUGAAGCUAUGGAGCAAAUAAAAGAGUUACAGAAACAGAAGAAAGUCAGAGACAAACACAUAGAACAGCUGAUUCAAGCUGGAAAUCAGCUGCAAGCAGAUGCCAACCUGCUAGAGGAGGAAAACAUGGCACUGAGAGAUCAGCUUGGUUUGGACUCAGACACUGUUAUCCGAGUGGACGGUGUAUUGGCGAGAUACAAAGCUGAUCAACUCAGACUCAUCCAAGCCACUCAACAACUUGAGGUCUCCAACAACAACCUCCUAACUCUUAAAGUCCAGAAUCGGAAGUAUAAAAAGAUCAUUUCAAAAUUAAAAGCGCAAGUGAAAAAAGUAGGAUUUGAACCUGAAGUGAUUACUGGGAGCUCGGAAGAGGAUUCUGUUCAGCAUCCACCUCCUCAAGUUGUUGUUCAAGGUAUCAGCGAGGAGACUAAAGCCAUGCUGAUAAAAGAGGCUGAAAUCCUAGAAAACAAACUACAGGAUGUUAUCGAUGAAAACGAAGCUCUCCGGAAAGGAAUGCACGAAAUUUUGGACAGCGUUCGUAGUCAUGAUGGCACCAGCGCUGUUCACAUAGAGUCUGCAUGUCUAGAGCGUCUGCUAGAAGCACUGGACAGUCGUCACCUCAGUGGCUGGUAUCACCCUGCCAUGAGACUGCAGGCGCAACUCAAUGUGACGGAAGGCAACAACGCAGCUCUCAGAGAACAACUUAGAGCAGCACGACACAACGAGCAUGAGGCGUCUGCCCAGCUUCACAAGGCGUUGGUGCAGGUUGACCUACUGCAGGGCGAGCUACAGAAGAUGAUCACAGCGGCCCAGUCAGUGGAGAAGGAGAGUGGGCGACGAGACGAUCCUGGUACAGCAGUGUCUCUGAAGGCUAUGGAGUUCAUAGACGCUAUCAAGGCUAAGAAACAAAAACCACAAUUGGUAAGCAGCGCUGAAAGUAACAAAAAACCAGAGAAGGAAUGCUCGGAUUCAAAACUCAAAGAAGAGGUGGAAAGAUUGAAUGAAAAACUAAAAGAAACCAAAGACAUUAUGGCUGAAGAGAAAGAGCUGUAUGAGAGUGACAAAGAUAGCUGGCUGAACGUCAGGAAAGGUUUACAAGAUGAAGUCAACUCUCUGACUGACAAGGUUGCGUCACUCUCAGCCCAAGUCAAGGAAUACUCUACAAGCUGGCAAGCACUCCAGGACGGCCCUGAUGCUAUAAAAACCUCUUUGGCAAACGCCACUAUCAGGUUAGGUGAUCUCUCAUCCGAAAAUGAAAAACUUAAAAGGAAGAGCUCGGUAUUACAAGAGUUACAAACACAAAUGAAAAACGAAAAAGAUUGUCUCCACGAAGAACUGGUCUUGCUUAAGAAUUCUUCAAAGCAUAGUAUUGAAGAACUAAAGAGAGAAAGGGAUAAACUGGAUGCAGAGUUGAAAGCUCUACAGAGUUCUCAUUCACUCUGUUACCCUUUCGCUGAACUGGAGGAAGCCAAGAAACAAAUAAAUAAGCUGACAGUUAAAUACAGAGAUCUCAUCACUAGCAAAACCUCACUGGAUGAUGCAAACAACAAAUUGAUCAAUCUGUUGAAGGCACAAGUUGAACUGCUACAGCAAGAUGGAGAGCAAAAGGAUAAGAUUCCUGAAAAAGAAUCCAAAUUGAUAAAGCAAAAUGAUGGUAAACAAGAAAACAAAAGCCAUGCUGAGAAAAUGUACAGUCUUGUUAAAGAUCAGCUGAAGGAGUCUGAAGAACACUGUAAAGAGUUGGAGGGUCAGUUGGCUGGACUGGUGCAGCAAAACUUGGCUCUACAGCUGGUAGAGGCAGAGUUGAGAGAUCAGCUGGUCAACAGUGUGCCACACAGCAGACUUGUAGAGCUGAGAGAACAGCUGACUCAGUCAGACAAACUGGUGUUGGAGUUAAAGGCAGAACAAAGCAAACUACUAGAGAGAGUUUCAUCAGCUGAAGACAAGGCUAAAGCUUUAGAAGAGCUGAGACAUUGUCACGAUUACCAACACGACUCAUUGCAAAGACAAGUUCUUGAGCUGACGGCUUCUAGUGAAGACAAAGCUACUAUUGGUCGCUUAACAAGAGAAUUACUGAGAGCACAGGAAAGUGAACUAGCUGCCUCAAAGCAAAUUGUGGAAAUGAAAACCAGCUUAGAAAAACUACAGAACAUGUGCUCGGAACAAGAACGCAACAUGAAAAAUAUCUGCAACCAGCAUCUUAGAGAAAAAACCGAAAUGCAAUCAAAAUACAGGUGGCUGGCCAGGACUGUGAGUGACCUACACCAGCGCUAUCUAGGACAUCUGUCACUACUGUCAACGGAGAGUAUGCAGAGUAUGUUGGCACAAGCCAGGUUUGAGAAGACCAAUGCGCUGGCUGCGGCUACAGCUGUCAUGAGUGCUGACAAGGUGGUAGAGAUGGUGAACAACCAGUAUAACGAAGCUGACGGAGUCACUGCCUCUAAACUGCAGGAACUAAAACUCAAAGUCCAAGUUCAGUCUCUGGAAUCUCAGCUUGCACAAACCGAGGGACAACUUCAGAGGAUUGAAAAGUUGAGUGCCGUCCUUCAGGAGGAAUUGGUGUACCAGGAAAACUGUUGGGAGAACAAACAGGUCAUUUGGGAACAGAAAUUGCUGGGAAAUCUCUCUGUGACAUCUCCUACAGAGGAGAAAACCAAAAGUGCCGAGUCUUCAGAUGACGUUGUGACUGGGAACAUGACAGCUGAUGUUACUGAGGUUUCAACUGAUCACCCUGACACCCAAGUAGUUGUGAAAGAAGCUGCUGGGAAACAAGAAAAAGAAACCGUGCCUUCACCAAAGGUUGUUGUCUUUCCUGAACCAAGAUUGGCCUCGGAGUGUGAGAGCAUCAGGAUUCUGAACAACCAAUUGAAUCAGGUUACAACACUGAUGAAUGAACAAGCAAAAAAACUAAACCAGUGUGAAACAGAGAUAUCAGAAUUGAAAAGCAAAAUGGAGUCUUUGAAAAGACAGUUGGAUGAUAAAGAAAGUAAGUUGAAAAAUAAAGAAAAAGAACUUCUAGAUUUGCAGACUUCUUUGACUGAUAAAGAGAAGGAGAAGAUAGAGGAGGAGUCCACUGAGGUUCUUGCUCUGAAGGCAACUGUUGCUAGUCUGCAGAAUAUCGUGAACCAGAAGGAGGAGACGAUCGGACGUUACCAGACGCUGCUUCAGGAGAGUAGAGAUGAACACAGCAUCACAGUAGCAAACCUUCAGCAGGAACUGACAAGUCUUCAACAGACAUUGGACAAGAAGGACAAACCUGCUGACAAGGAGGGCAAAACCAAAGGCGAGAGUAUGGCAAUGAAGGUUAUCUUGGAGCGAUACCUAGCGAAAGUGCGAAGUCUGGAGGACGACCUGUCACAGACCAGAGACCAGGCUGCUCGGCUGGCGGCUGAUCUGACCGGCGCUCAGCAACAGACAGACAGAUGGACUCACACUGCUGAGGAGAGACUCAAGACUAUACAGGAGAUGAAACAAAGGCUUGACAGUGCAAGAAGCAAAGAAGAUCUAACUGAUACCAAUUCUGAACUAAUGGAAAAAUCUGCUGAAAUAGACAGUUUGAACAGAAUCAUCUGCAAUCUUAAGGCCAAACUCGAGUCCAGAGAAACAGUUUCAGCUUCUAGAGACAGACUGAGAGGAGAACUAGAUCGAGCUAAUAAAAGAAUUGAUGUCAUACAAAACCAGAAUACCGAACUGAAAUCUGAAGUUCAGAGAUUGCGCAAACAGCUGACAUUGAGUUUGUGCACCAUCAUUGUAGACCGAAUGGUGGAGAUCUAUGUGUCUAGUGACGUGAGCGAAAUUGCUAAUACUCUUCAUGAAUUGGUCACAACUGAAGAAGUCGAUAGUAUUGCUGAGCAGGGUGGAGCUGGGGGAGCGGCUGGUGUAGUGGUUAGAGCGUGGGACUUCGGUUUCCAGGGACCUGUGUUCAAAUCCCACCAAAUCACCAAUGAAUUUGAUCUAAGUGUGACUGUAGUUAUUGAAAGACAAUUUACCAACAAACAGGUACUCGGAAGUAUAUCCAGCUACACCAUCCUUCUCGUACAGUUUCAAAUAACUACAAGCACCUCCACAACACUUUCCCCAGCUAACUUCACCACCUAA